AUGGACUUUUGGACAAGACGGGGGCGGCCAAAGCUCUUUGCCGCUCUGGAAGAGGCUUAUGACUCGCUUGAGGGAGAAUUCGCUGCUGCGCUCCAAAGGCAUGUCGAAGAGUGCAAUGCAAGUCUACUCCAGGAGAUAGAGAAGCUCAAGGCUGCAGCUGCAAGGACUGAAGAGCUGGAGAAGCAGAAUCGGACCUUGAUCCGUGAGCUCGAGGAGCUCCGGAAGAAGCAGGACCAGCACAACGCCAGACCUGCUACCACAUCGUCCUCCAGCACACCUUCGCUGGGCACCUCAUCGCCAAUCCCGAGACCUGCUCUAGCAGAGCUAUCCACCAACAGCAGACCUUCGCCCCUCAAUGCUACUCCUGGCAAGCCCAUAGACCAGGAAAAUGCCGAGACUCUGCCAGAGCAACACGAAAAGCUCAAAAAAGCAUACUUUGCGCUGGACAAACGAUUGAAGGAAAUCAGGAACAUGGCCCGCAAGUACCGGGAAGGACGGGACAACUGGGAAAAAUAUGCCGUGUCCCUUGAGGGGAAGCUUGCCAGGCUCGAAAAGAAGCUGUCCCGCUACGAAGAGAUAGUUAAGCAGUCUCCUGCUCCAGGAGGACGAAAGCUCACGCCAAAUGAGGCCUCUGAUGGCAGGCCCUCGUCUGAUCGAGAAGCUAGUGUCUCGCGAGCUACAUCUUCCUCAGCGGAGCCCCAAGCCAAUGCCGAUCAGCGCGGGGACCAGGCUGAACCCUCAAUAGCUCUGGGAGUUGUGCCGCCUGUGUCAAUGGCUGCUCUAGCAGAAGCCAGCAAAGAGGAUGAGGCCGACGAAACGGAGGACGACUCCGACGAACAGCCUCAGCUACCAACCCUGCCUGCCAAUGAACCUGCUGAACCAGAACAGGAAGUCUUCAUUGAGAAAGAACCCUCCUCUGACAUCCCUGUCGUCGUCUCGGAGAGAUGUGUGCGGAAGCGCAGGCGCGAGAGCACAGAUGGCAACACACCUCACCGGCGGAUUAAGACAGAAUCCAGUUCAGAUGUGGUCGUCACGGCCGAGAUUCCCACGUUCCGACCACAUGAAAGCAUCGACCUCGAUGAAGACUAUGAUAGUGUCCCAACGCCCAGGAAACUGCAGCGGUUUCAGCUUCGAGAAGAUCCCUCGUCACCGGUGAAUAGGACUACCGGGACUGGUCGGCAGACUAAAAGUACUGAGGCUCAGUCCUGGGCGCCUGUUGGCCCUCAGCCUAGACCUGGCCCGUCAGCCGUCACGCCUGGAGUGUUCGGAAGCAUGAUGUUCAGGACUCCAGACGACAGACGGCAGUUAAUCAGGUCUGAAUGGGGGUUGGACUCUGGAGUCGCAGAUGUGGCCGAAGAUGGUAUGGACGAGGUUGCUCCCCCCGGGCGAACUAGGAAAGGACCAACCAACGACACUCCUACCCGUAGCCGACUCCAGACACUCUUGGAGACUCCGGCAACGAACACCACACCCAGCAUGCUACCCCCUAGGCGUCAGAACCAGCCCGCUCGCACCACACGAUUGCGGGAUCGCCCCCUAUCCGAGCUGCGGCUAGAAGACUUCAAAGUCAACCCAGCACUCAACGACGGCUACCGCUACGCUUUCAACGAAGUCGUCCGUAACAAGGACGAGAGAGCCCAGUUGUCAGGCUGUACCGACCCGAACUGCUGCGGACGGAAUUUCCGCAAGAUAGCCGAGUCUGAGUUGCAGAAGGCCGGCCCUGUAGUCCUCACACGCAUGCAGGACAUCAAGAUGAUGGAGAACUUUCUGGGGCGCGAAGAAGCACACCGGCUGAAGGGGAUGUCGCGCGAGGAGCGCCAGGAGCUGUGGCUUCAGGCUAAGACGAGGGAGUUGGCGGAUAAGUUCGGACGACAUAGGCACCGGUUUGCCCGUAGGCCGUCGCCGCCGGGAUAUUGGAACCCGGAUUUUCCUAGUACCCAGGAGAUUGCAAAGUAUAAGGAAGAAGCGGAGAAGGAGGAGAGACGGGCGGUUGAGGAGAGGUAUAGGGAGGCAUUGAGGAGGGGGAGAUGGCUGUUUAGGGAUGAGGAGCCCAGUUGA